CAUAGGAAGCAGAGAGAGAAACCCUUGAAAAAAAUGUCAGAGACAAACUGAACCAACAAUACAAGUUACACAACACAACACUCUCACCUCAGAAAAACAAACCUUAUUUCAUUGCACUCACCACUUUCCCUCCAAUCCUUUUCUUUCCUUUCCUUUCCUUUCCUUUCCUCCAUGAAUCCCCACAAAACCGAGCACCACCACCACCACCACCACCACCUCUUCUCUCACCUCAGCCCUCAUGAUCUGGACCCUCCAUCUUCCCAGAUCCCCCAAUCACAACCGUCCAUUCACCCCGAAUCCCAAGACGACGACCCGUCUUCCUUUUCCCUCCCAGAAAUCGUCCUCUUCCGUUCCUCCCCGUCCUCUUCCUCCUCCUCCGACUCUCCCAAAACCCACCCCGACCCGAACAGCCAACCCGACCCGACAGCGCAACCCAAGUUCCACGUCAUCAGCCCGGAGCCCCACAUCUCCUCCCAAUUCUACACCUUCAACCCGGAAUCCCACUCCCUCAUGAUCCGCUGCCUCCUCGAGCACCGCCUGGCCACGCCGGCGGAGAUCCGCGCCGCCACUCCACGCGCCGUCCUGAAGUCGUGGCGCGCCGUCUGGAAAGACCGCAACGAGGACACCGCGUACCUCACCGCGUGGAAGCGAAUCCAAGACAAGCUCGCCGCGCACGUGGACCCGAACACCGGUAACGAAUUCCUUUGCUUCAAAAACAAUUCUCAGCAAUGUGUUUCUCAUGUAAAUCAAUGGCAGGACAUUGUCAUGACUUUCCAUUCCGAUACUGAUAUCAAGCAUUUAGGUUUAAAAGAAACUAUUGACAGAAUUAAGCAAGUUUGGACUGUAGGUGCUAAGUUUUAUGGCAUUCCAGAGAGUUACAUUAGGGUUUGUGUCGCCGCGUGUCCCGUGUGUAGUGCGGCCACGUCGGGGUCUUCUGCCGCGAGAACUAAGCGGCGGAGGUUUGAGUAUACUGAGUCUUUUGAUGUUCCGGCUAAGGAAGUGCCGAGUAAGUUGCAGCAGUUGGCUGCUAAGUAUAAGGUUGUGCUUUGUAUUAGGCAGAAGUAUAUUAGGUAUAAGCCGUUUAUGGCUGAGGUUAAGGACUAUGCGUGUCAUAGGGCGGGGGAGCCUGCGGCUAAGAAGUCGAAGAUUUUGAAGAGGGAGCCUUAUGCGUCGAAGAGAUGUGGGUGUGGGUUUCGGAUUAGGGCAAUUGUGCCUAUUGCGAAUUAUAAUGAGAAGGAGAAGACUUUUGUGUAUCAGGAAGAAGGGAUGGCGGUGUUUAAGUUGUAUGCUGUGCAUACGGGGCAUGAGCCAGGGCCGUUGGAUGGGAAUGCGAGGAUUAUGCAUCGGGUUGUGGGGCAUAAAGGCUCGUUUUUUAUGGACCAAGAUACGGUGUAUGGGGUGAGUGAGGAAAUGGAGAAUGAUGGGUUCGGGUUGUUGGGGAAGGAUGAUGGGGAUUUGCAGCUUUCGGUCUUGCAGCAGGUGCAGGAAUUGAGAGCUGAGGUUGGGUUUUUAGAGGGGAAAAUUGCGAAACUACCGAGGGAUUUGUUGGGUUCGGUGUCUCGAGAAUUGUUUGAUAUUGUGAAUAAAGUUAGAAAUAUAGGGGAAGAGGGUUUGAAGGCGAUGGAUAUGAUUUCGGACAAGCCUCACCAUGAGGAUGAUGUGUUAGUUGUGGAGAAUGAUUUGGCGCAUUGGAGUGACCAUCACCAUGACCGAAUAUAUGGGGAUGGAAAGGACACAGAAUUGAUUGAGGACGAUGAAGACAGUUUUGGACGGACUCUAGGUGAUGUUGUUCCUUGGGACCAGAUGAGGGAAGACUGUAGGAGUCAGAAGGAUCUGUUGAGUGAGCCUUGUAAAACUGAUAAGUGGUUAAAAUGCAGUGACUUUGACGAGAAGAGCAUUCUUGAUUGCGAAGAUACUAAACUAACCAAGCCCAUUAGACAUGAUGACGCUAUAGUCACAGAUGUUGGUCUUGUCGGCAUACAGGUUGAUAGCUUCUACCAGGAGAAUCCUAAGUGGUAUGAUUCUCCUUGUGGGUUGGACACCAGUGCAGAUUGUGGGGAUAGCGGAUUCAGGCAUGGGGAGAUUGUUUAGAGUCCUCAACAGCCUGGUUAAUCUACUCUAACAUAGUCAUGGAUUUUUAUUGUAGCCAUUCAUCCCUUCUUACUGUUGGAAGUGGGUUGUACAUUAUUAUAUACAGAAGACUGGAGCUGCUCACAUGCUUUUUAGGUGUCUUUGCUGGGAGUGGUUCUGUAAAGUAUUAGCCCAAUUAGGCUUAUCUGCACAUACCUUUUCUUUUCAAUUAUCUGUUAAUGAUGUUCUCAGCCUUCAGGUUUUUUAGCUUUGUUCUCCUUAUAAUGCACAUUAGUGACUGUUUUGAUCUGUUUCUUCUUUUUCUUUUAAAAAAGUUCUUGUAUGUAUUAUAUGUCUAAUCUUGCUGCCUCUAUUCUUGUGGCACGAUGAGAUAUAUGGAACUUAUUUGUCAUGAUGUGGAUGUAAUUUGCUUUUUUCCUUGUAUCUUCAUCAUUGUUUGUCACUCUUUUAUGAAAGCUCAGUUCCAAUCA